UUUGGUCCAGUAGUUGCAUGUUACUAUGCGCUUGCAAAAUCUGUCACAGCCCUACUUCAGUACCUUGCCAACAGGAGCAACGCUAUCGCGAACCCUGUUUGUCGAUAAUUUGUCGCAAUGGAUUGGUUAGACGAGGGUAAUUUAGGGAUCGACUCAGCUAACCACUGUCCUGCUAUUCUGUGACACAAAGCUAGGAGAAAAUAGUUUGCUGUCUGCAAAGUUAUAAACGAUUUUGACUUUUAUCCAACCGUGUUUUGCGACGCGUUUGACAUUUUUCAAAACGCCAGCUGAUUGCAGAAAGAAAUCUGAAAAGCAGGAUGUCAUUUAACGUUAGGUGGCCAAACGGAGCAGAGCUCAUGCCAACCUUUUACGCGGGCACAGAGAUGCAAGUCAGUUUCACUUUCAGGAUGGGAAUACUCGCAGCUGGAACAUGACUGCAAAAUCUGUAUCCUUUGCGAUGCUACGGCAUUUUCCCUGUGUAAUGUAUUGCCUGUGCUGACUUAUGGGACAGCGUCCCUCUGAGUAUGGGGCAUGGAGCAGCUAGAAGAGGAACUUACGUGCCCAAUCUGCUGCGGUCUCUUUGACGAUCCACGGGUUUUGCUGUGCUCGCACAGCUUUUGCAAGAAAUGCUUGGAGGGACUCUUGGAGGGGAACCGAGGUCCAGCUUACAGGACACCUUUCAAAUGUCCCACAUGCCGCAAAGAGACCCCACAUAACGGCGCGAACAGCCUGCAGAUCAACUACUCUCUGCGCGGAAUAGUGGAGAAGUACAGCAAAAUACGGGUUAUGCCUAAGAUGUCUGUUUGUAAACAACACUGCGGCCAGCCUCUAAACAUAUUUUGCGCCACGGACUUGAAUCUAAUUUGUGGGUUUUGCGCAACAACAGAUGACCACAAAGGGCAUAAAUUCUGCUCCUUGGAGGAGGCGUAUAAGCGAGAGAAGGAGGCGUUUGAAGAGCUGCUUCACGGGGUGGAGAGCUGGCAGAGCGCAGAUACCCUGUCCUGCCUGGAGACACUACAAGCCAGUAAGAAAAAGGCGCUCCAGUCUGUCACCAAGGAUGCAGAGAAGGUAGCAGACUAUUUCGACAAACUCAUCAGCACCAUCGACUGCAAAAAGAAUGAGAUCCUCUCCGAUUUUGAAACACUGAAGCUGGUGGUGAUGCAAGCAUACGACCCGGAGAUCACCAAGCUGAGCGCGGCGGUGGAGGAGCACAGGCUGGCGCUCACCAUCGCCGAGUCGUUCCGGAGCAUCGCGGACCCUCUGUGCUUUCUGCACCAGAUGCAGGAGUUUCGGGAGAAGUUGAAGGUCCUUAAGGAGACUCCUCUGCCCUCUCGGAAAGACACAGAGGUCGGUCCCCUUGUGCGUAAUUUCGACGUGAAAAAGUGGGACUCACUGCGGCUCAGAGAAGUGGACAAGAUCUCAGUCCCGCAUGAGAAUGGCUCCUACCGAGCGGGGGGCUCCCGGAUGACAGCGCCGAGAUGGAUCAUCUUAUUUAUAAGUGUGUUAGUGUCAUCACUGCUCCUGCUGCUUCCUCACAACCUCGCAGACUACGUGCCCUCGCAGGUUGAACCGCUGCUCGCUGCUGUUUCCUCGCACCUAACCCACACUUGGGUGUACCUGCGGAGAAUGACUGACAUGUAUACGAGUUUAAUGGGUGCAGGUCAGGAAUGUAUCAUGAACCUAGUUGACUCUACUGUCAAAUUUAUUGGCAGUUGUAAGUUGUUUAAUCACUAGCCUGUGGCACAUCUGCCAUGCAAUCACAACUACAAAUAAUUCUCUAAGUCCUCAUAAGCUGCAUUAAACUAAUGACAGAUGCAGCUGAUUAUGUGAAAACACUUGUCUUUUGAUUGUCUUCUUUUGACCAACCUCAAUGAAGCCAUAGAAUCAAACAUGAUCAAUCCUUAAUCACAGAGGUUGUAGCCUACAUUUACUUAAGAUAAACGCUAUGAUUCCUUUUUUAAGAUAUGACACAUUUAUACUUAUGCUCUUGAUAAAUAAAACUGAGAAAUUGA